UCCUACAGCUUUGAAAGCAGCAUUUUAUGGUACUGCCCUACCGGGAAGUUAAGAACUGACCCGAAGCUUCAGUGCGUACUGAGAAUGGAAGUAGGGGAAUUACUGGAGGAUUGCCUCAGAGCAGCAAACGCUCCUAAAUCUGAGCGUGAGGAGGUCCCUGAAUCUGUCAGGCUGAAGUACCGUUGUUGCAGAGAAUCACUGUGUGCAGAACUAGACUCUCUGCUGCAGGAGGCUGUGGAGAUGAAGUGGCCCUUUGUGCCAGAGAAGUGGCAGUAUAAGCAGUCCAUCAGUUCCAAAGACAAGACCAACCUCAAUGACCUCAUAAAUAAACAUGUGCACCAACUCUUGGAUCUUUUGAGGACGUCCAUCAUGGCUCAGGAGGCACAGAUGUCCCUUGCAAUAGUCUUCUUAGUGGACCGCUUCCUCUACUGGAGUGAUGAAUCCGGCCGGCUCCUAAAGAUCACCAAGCUGCUCCACAAGCAGCACCCUGACACCCCCAUAGCCCCUCAGUUGGUCAUACGGCAGGCCAGGGUCUUCCUUAACUCUGGAAAACUUCAAAAAGCCGAAUCCAUUUUGAGCAGUUUGAUUUAUAAAAAUGGAACAACAGGUUGUUGGGUCUACAACUCUGACAGCGACAGAGUGUUGGUGCAAGCUGUCAGUGUUCAAGUGCGAGGAAUGGUUUUACAAAAGCUCGGCUUGUGGCUGCAGGCUGCAGAGCUAAUCUGGGCUUCUCUUGUUGGUUAUUACUCACUCCCUCAGCCCGACAAAAAGGGUAUUGGAACCUCUCUUGGCUUACUGGCUAACGUACUGGUGUCCAUGAAUGAUGAAGACUUCCAUGCAUUUAAGACUAAUCCAGAUAUAAACUUUGCAUCUUUGCUUGGAAAUGCAGGGAGUCAUCGUCUUCUAUCAGCCGCGCAGGCAGCUAAGAUGGCUGUGGUGUACAGUCAGUACACCUCACUCUAUGUGCUCACUAAUGUGACAGCUCAAGGAACCUGCCUGCUGCCAUACAGUUUCUCAUUAGCAUGCCCUGAGUCUCAGAGAGAGUCCUUCCUUCAGAAAGCUCGAGAGGCCUUUGCAAUCGGCCUUCUUACCAAAGCAAAGGGCGAGCUGGUUACCAGUCAGCAGGAACUUCACACAUUCCUCAAGGCAGCGUAUUCUAUCACGAUCACCGACAAGUGGCUUCAUGCUCCUGAGGAGGUUGUGGAGAAGGCCGCUCAAGCUUGUCAGCAAUCUCUAGGGAUUUUCUACAAAUACUGUAAGGCCAGCACUCAAGAAAAAGACGUUCUUUCGGUUGAAAUCAUGCAUCAGAUCACUCGGGUCAAGCAUCUGCUGGGUGUGGAACACUUCCCUAAUUCAGAUAAGGGAUCAUUUAUCCCUGACACUUACAGAAAUCUUAAAGGUCCCUCUGUCAAUUUUACCCAGGAGGGUUUCUCAAAGAUUUUGGAGGGAUUUCAGAAGUAUCACGCAUCACUGUAUGAGACCACCAAAAGCUGCAAGCGUACUAAAGAUGGAGUAGCAGCAAAGCUUUGUCUAACAGCGCUGGAAACAACAGCGGGCUCAGUCAACACAAAAUGUCACACAGAAUUAGCUGAGCAAAAACCCAGAGGCUCAGGUUCAUCCAACGUCUCUUUGUCUCAAAAUGCUAACUUGUCUCCAACCCUGGAAAGCACCGGAUCAUCUUGGUUCAAACUCUCCAAUAAUAGCUCUCAUCAGACAAGCAGCAGUUUGCAGAGAAGUGGCAGUGGACAGGGAGGAAGUAUGAGUGAUCAGAGCAACAUUCCCACAGAGAGCGAUGAUGGUGGUUGUUCACACUCUGAUAAAAACACGAAACAAAAGCCACAGAGCCGUGGUAUCAGUUCCCCUCCAGUUCUACAGUCUAUAGUUCCUAAACCAUUGAGUCAUUCUCCACAGUCUCAAGCAGUUCAUUGUGAAAUAGAGACAGAAGUACUUGACACAGAUGGGAAGACUGAUUUUGUUGCAGAAAACAAAGGAUCACUGCCUUUCCUUUCCCAACUGGUUCUGAAAACAGCCUCCAGUUCUCUUGGAGAGAGUUUUGGUUCCCAGUCAUCAUGGGAGAAAAUCUCAACUGGCCAAUAUUCCCCAAUGUGUGAAAAAAACAAGCCAAAUCCACUCUUAAAAUCAAGAAGCCAGUCUGCAGGCUCUGAUGGCAGCUUCUUUAUCAUCGACUCUGUUGAAGCCGGUAGCUUCGCAGAUCAGGGAAACACGGCCUCACAUCCUGUAAAUACUGGAAUCCCUUCACAGAGUGUUUCAGACCAGAACGCUACCACUGAACAGAGCUCCUAUGAGAUGCUGAAGCUGCAGGAAAAUGGAAACAAAGCCAAUGAAGUGAAAUGUGCAAAGAAAGCGCCUGAGAACAUUCACAUUUUGUGCUACAGCUGCCUGCACCACAGCACAGCACCUGUUCCUGAUGACCAGUUUAAGUUAUUUGAGCAGGAUUACAAGGCUCUGCUGGCUGGAAUCUGCCAUCAGUGUCUCCUAAAACGGCUGUGCAGCAAUACAGUGCUAUUCAAACUGGAAAAGGUUCACACUGCCCACAACGCUCUUCAUCUAAAGUUCUCCAAGGCCACAGGAUUGUGGACAGCCAAAGAGACCUGCGUUUACAUCGGCGAUCUGAUGAACAAGGAAGGAAAACAGAGAAGAGCAAUAGAGAUUCAGUUUUUGCACCAGGAGGAGCGUUUAAGCAGUUAUGUAGGGAAGGAUUACUUGAAGCCAAGAGAAAUUCAGUAUCACCUGAAAGAUGUGGAGCGACAGAUGACUGCUCAGUACUAUGUGACUGAAUUCAACAAGAGUCUCUAUGAUAAGGAUGUUUUGGCUCAGAUUUUCUUUAUUCCCUCUGAUGCGUUGUUGAUUCUUAACAGAAAUGAGAUUGUCGGUUGCAUAACAGUGGAGCCAUACAUGCUUGGUGAUUUCAUUAAACUCACCAACAACACUGGGAAGAAAAAAUUAGAUGCUGAGGCUACAAAAUACGGCCUCGCUUUCGGACACUUCACCUACCUGUUCUCUGGUGGCCAGGAGGUUGUUGUAGACUUGCAAGGAUGGACAACUUCCAACGGGAAAGGUCUGACUUACCUCACAGACCCACAGAUUCACUCCACCAGAAGCCCUCAAGGGCCUUCAAACUUUGCUGAACGAGGACUUGGGUUUUUCCUGAAAGAGCAACAUGGACCAACAUGCAACGAGGUCUGCAACCUGCUCAAACUCCCUCCACUCAUCAAACCGCACGUUUAAAGGAAAAGUCCAGUCAGCAAGGAUUAAUCAAUGGAUAAUUACCUGUACCUAAAACUAAUACGUUUGUGGUGAUUUAAUGAUUUUAGCAUUAAUCAGUAAAGAAAUAAAAACAAUA